CUUUUAGUUUAUAUGUGAGAUCAAAGAAGCAUCAAUAUUGUGAACGCAGUCCCGAUCCGACCUCAAGAUGCAACAUGCAUGACAAUCACACCUUAAAUCCAAUCCGGAUAAAUGUCGUCUGAACCUGUAAACGUCAAUGAAUUCCAAGAAUUGGCUAAGCAAGUCCUUCCAAAAAUGUACUAUGAUUUCUAUAAUGGGGGAGCUGAGGAUCAGUUCACGCUAAGAGAGAAUGUCGAAGCAUUUCGCAGAAUCAUGUUAAGGCCUAGAGUUCUGGUAGAUGUUAGCAGGAUCGAUAUGUCAACCACUGUAUUGGGUUACAAAAUCUCAGCGCCUAUAAUGAUUGCUCCUACUUCGAGGCAUCAGUUAGCACACCCUGAAGGAGAGGUGGCCACAGCUAGAGCAGCAGCUGCAUCCAACACCGCAUUUAUUAAAUUCACAUGUAACUGGAGUUCUACCUGCACUGUGGAGGAGGUUGCUUCAAGCUGCAAUGCUGUUCGGUUCUUUCAAUUAUAUAUUUGUAAGAGACGAGAUAUAUCAGCACAGAUAGUUCGAAGAGCUGAAAAAAAUGGAUACAAGGCCAUUGUCCUAACUGUUGAUAGUCCCAGACUUGGUAGAAGAGAGGCAGACAUAAAGAACAAAAUGAUUUCACCUAAGUUGAGAAACUUUGAAGGCCUAAUAUCAACUGAACUACUAGAAACUGAUAAAGGAUCCAACUUGGAAGCUUUUGCCAGAGCGUCUCAUGAUGAUUCUUUGUGCUGGGAGGAUGUAGUAGGAUGGUUGAAAUCUAUUACAAACUUGCCCAUUUUAAUGAAGGGUAUACUCACUCAUGAAGAUGCAAGAAAGGCUGUGGAAGUAGGUGUUGCCGGGAUUGUUGUCUCUAAUCAUGGAGCACGUCAACUAGACUACACUCCAGCCUCUAUUUCUGUCCUGGAAGAGGUGGUUCAAGCUGUUGGAGGGAAAGUUCCUGUUCUUUUUGAUGGAGGAAUACGACGAGGAACUGACGUCUUCAAGGCAUUAGCGCUCGGAGCACAAGCCGUCCUUGUUGGAAGGCCUGUAAUCUUUGGCCUUGCAGCAGAUGGAGAAUAUGGGGUGAGAAAGGUGAUGAAGAUGUUGAAGGAUGAGCUAGAGCUCACUAUGGCUCUCUCUGGCUGUCCUAGUGUUCAGGAUAUUACCAGGAGCCACGUGACAACAGAAUGUGAUAGGCUCCGCUCCCAGCUUUAGUUCCUUCUUCAUAUUGUAUACAUCAAAAUAAGAGAUGGACUCAUUAUCCAAUUUGGGAAACUGUAAAUGUUUUCCGUAAGUCCUGUGUGUUCAGUGUAAACUUGAAAUGAACUUGUAACUUACUUAGGUAAGUAAAUCAAUGUCCUUAUCGGCAUUGAUUUGCUUACUAUAAGAAUUUCAGGAACUUUUCUAAUGAGAACCACUAAAAUGAUGAAUAGUUGACC